ACGUCUGGUCGGCGGGCUGUGUGUUGGCUGAGCUGUUGAUGGGUCAGCCGAUAUUCCCGGGCGACUCCGGUGUCGACCAAUUGGUUGAGAUAAUCAAAGUAUUGGGAACGCCGACGAAGGAACAGAUCCGGGAAAUGAACCGCAAUUACACUGAAUUCAAGUUUCCGCAGAUUAAAGCCCAUCCCUGGCAGAAGGUGUUUAGGACACGAACGCCGCCGGAGGCCAUAGAGUUGGUGUCGCGUCUGUUAGAGUACACGCCGUCGUCGCGGAUAACGCCACUGCAGGCCUGCGCCCACCCCUUCUUCAACGAGCUGCGAGAGCCGGGCACUCGACUGCCGAACAACAAAGACCUGCCCCUACUGUUCAACUUCACGGAACACGAACUCAAAAUACAGCCCUCACUCGAGUCCGUACUCAUACCGCCGCACCUGAGGGGCGUUGUGGCCGCCGGUGGGGCCAGCGGUGGUGUCGGUGUGGGUCCCGUAGCCUCAGCGUCGACCUCAUCGGCCGGCGGCCCGCAGUCAUCGGUCGCCGGCAUGUCGUGCGCGAUGUCGGCUGCGGUGCCCGGAGUGGUCGGCUGUGACCCGACCGGUCAGCAGGCAGUCUCGGCGGCGGUCGGAUCGGCCGGCGGUGCCGUCGGUUCGUCCGAUAUGUUACAGUCAAACGACGCCCAGACGAGUACCGGUGCCCAAGCGGUGGCCGCCUCUUCAUCACAACAA